AUCGUCAAUCCUGAUGAGGCGACCACUCUCACCGAGCGUCUACCGGAAGAUGAUAUGGAAUGUAACCUUAAAUCGUUCGCAACACGGCUUCACGACCUCCAACGUGACCCCACGUUUACCAUGCUAGAGAAGUCAUAGCUACCUGCCACAACCACUGGCUACCGAUGUUACCUCUGCCACACGAUUUUCCCCGACGACGGAGCGCACCAACGACAUCACUCCCAGGAGCACAGGAAUGAGCCACCCCAUGUGGCUCUGCAGCAGGUCCAAAGUAUCAAGCUCACCGACACCUUGAGCAUGCUUUUCGCCAUUGCCCCAGCCUCCCCUCCCUCGUGCCCCUCACUUGCAGCACUGCUCCAGCGCAGUACCAUCUGCGACAACGAUAACGGCGUUGCCGAAACAACCACUCAUGUCGAGGCGAAUGAGCUCAUGGAGAGGCUUGGGUUCUCCAGUCAUCUCAACACCCUCUCCAGCGACGAUGUCCUCGUCUUGCGGGCACCGAGACCGCGUGCCGCGUGGGAUACCAUUCUGCGUCGCAUCCUCCUCGAGGCAAAUCGCAACCUUGUCAACUUCCACAAUGCGCCCGCCGCCGAGGUUCUCUUCAAUGGAUUCCAAAACAUCAAUCUUCCAAUAAAU